GUCUGCUACUUUCAGUUUCACACUUGAAGUCACUUGAUGCAUAAUCAUGGCUAUCGUUUCGCAUGGAGUUUUAUCCUGUUCAAGAUCGAUGAUAAUGAGACCAGACGCAUUUACGUGUACAAUUUGUUUAUCUAAGAAUAUAAGACGAUUUUCAGGUUUGAAUGGAGCAAUAAGAUCUUUAAAUGUUUUGAAUAAAGACGGGAAAUCCGGACGAGUGUAUCGAUCUGAUGUUGCUGUCACUAACAGUGUUAGUCCCUCUUUGAGACAUGCAUGUAAGCGAACGUACUGCAGUAGUAAACCUCCUGAUGUGUCAGAAAUCAGAAAUAUCAACCCUCUUGGGAACAUUCAGUCGAAGGUGUAUUACUUUGACACCCUGGCAGUUGUACAGAAACUCGUGGCAGCAGGUUUUACAGAGAAUCAAGCAGUAGGAAUAAAAGACAUUGUUCAAGAAGUUCUUCACUCUUCCAUUGACCAUCAGACUAAGGUCCUUGUCACAAAGGCGCAGAUGGAAAUAACUACUCAGCAAAUGAUGACCCAUAUAAACUCAGUUAAAAAAGACAUGGUUAUAUUGGAGAAAAGCGAGUUUUCCAUGCUGAGAAAUGAAAAUGAAAAACAGACCAUGGAAAUACUGCAGCUUAAGAAAGCUCUGGAAAACGAAUUGGAUAAGCUUAAAGGACACGUGAGGCUGGACAUCAAUCUUGAGAAAAGUCGUGCAACAGAAGCGCAUGCACAAAAUGAGAAGAAUCUCCAGAUGCUCCACAAUAAGAUAGAGAUGGAUGUAGCGAAUGUCCGCACCUUGUUUGAAUCUUACAAAAAUGAUGUUUUCAAAUAUUCAAUUGGCACUGCUUUAACAGCUGGAGCCACAGUGUUAGCGGUACUUGCGUUUGUUGAUUCACUGACCACAGAAACAAGUUUUGGAUCAAGCUCUCAAGUGACCAUGUAUCCAAAACAGAUAACCUUGUACCAACUUACAUAUAAAAUGUGCUAUAUAAUGAUUAUAAGUGUGCUUGAAUUCAAGAAAAACUAGAACCCUCCGGAUAGAACUAGUGUCCCCAUGGAACUGGUACAAACUGUGGCAGACAACUCUGAUUCAUACAGUCUCUGCAAUAUUUUGUUUCUGCCACUUACCCUAUGGAACCUGUGUACCUUUAAUGUCAAAAGUUUUAGAAAAAAUUCUAAACUUUUCUUUUUAGAAAAGCUUAUGUGCAUCUUUUAUAAAUUCCUUCUUUCUUAAAACUUACGUCAGCCAAUUUUAACUAUUGUUUACUUGGAAACAUAUUUUAGUAAAUAAUUUCUUUACA